CCUUGUUCAUCUCGGUAAAACGAGCCAAGAUAUAUCGACUUCUCUUUUCAGCGCUAACUGUGCUGCGACUCCUUACGCUAUUCACUAUCCGGGACGCCUAGAAGUUUAUCAACCCUGCGAGCCGGUACGAUAGGGCGCAGCAGGGCCCAACACGGACUUCCCGUAGCACGUGGUACUCCAUACGUCCAGGGAGGUAGAGACGAACGGAGACGGAGCCAGAUAAAGCAGGCAGGCGUGGCAAAAGGAGUUCGUCAUGUCGCCGUCGCCAAUCGAGAACAAGGGUGCCCCUGGCGUCCCCUUCUACACCCCGGUCCAGCAUCCUCCCGCAGGCACGGCCCUGGACCCGGCCGCGGCCCCGACCCUGUUCCAGCCGCUGACGAUCCGGGGCGUGACGCUGCAGAACCGCUUCGUCGUCGCGCCCAUGUGCCAGUAUAGCGCCGACGACGGCCACGUCACUGACUGGCACUUCGCGCACCUGUCCCAGUUCAUCCUGCACGGCACCGCUCUGACCAUCGUCGAGGCCACUAGCGUCACCCCCAACGGCCGCAUCACUUCGCAGGACGUCGGUCUCUGGAAGGACAGCCAGGCCACCGCUCUCAAGCGCAUCGCCGACUUCGCCCACUCCCAGGGCCAGAAGAUCGGCAUCCAACUCGCCCAUGCCGGUCGUAAGGGCAGCACCGUCGUCCAUUGGCUCGUCCCUCCGGGGCAUGCUAGCGCCGUCAAUCCGCCCGAGCUCGGCGGCUGGCCAGACAACGUGUGGGCCCCGAGCGCCGUCAAGUUCGCCGACGACGGCUUCUGCGACCCCAAGGCUGUGACGGUGGACGAGAUCAAGCUGGUCGUGCGGGCCUUCGCGGACGCGGCGGCGCGGGCGGUGCAGGCAGGCUUCGACGUGAUCGAGAUCCACGCCGCGCACGGCUACCUCAUCUGCGAGUUCCUGUCGCCCAUCACGAACCGGCGGACGGACGAGUACGGGGGCAGCUUCGAGAACCGCGUGCGCUUCCUCUUCGAGGUGAUCGCGGCGGUGCGCGGCGCGAUCCCCGAGGCGACGCCGCUGUUCCUGCGCAUCUCGGCGACGGAGUGGAUGGAGUACGCGGGCGCGCCGAGCUGGACGCUCGAGGACAGCAUCCGCCUGGCCAAGCUGCUGCCGGCGGCGGGCGUCGACCUGCUCGACGUCAGCUCGGGAGGCAACAACCCGGCACAGAAGGUCGAGUUGCGCCCGUACUAUCAGAUCGACCUCGCGGCGCGGAUCCGCGAGGAGGUGCGGAAGGAGGGGCUUCCGCUGCUCGUCGGGGCCGUCGGCCUCAUCAACGACGCCGAGACGGCCCGCGACGUCGUACAGGAGGAGCAGGGGCGGGCUGCCCGCGCGGACCUCGCGCUGAUCGCGAGGCAGUACCUGCGCGAGUCUGAAUUUCCGCUGCGCGUGGCUCGCGAGCUCGGAGUUGAGGUGAAGUGGCCGAACCAGUACCUCCGGGGCUAGUGGCACUCGGCCAAGGAGAUCUAGAGGGGACGGUGGUUGGAGGAAGUGGAUGAACAAGUUGGGUGGGUGUCGUGGCGUGGCCUGCCCGGCAUGCCUAUCUCCCCACCUAUUAUCAUCUUUCCUUGCCCAUAGAGCUUGCGAUAGACAGCUAGCG